GUAACGUGAAAGGGUGGUUGCAUAAAAUCGACCAGUUGGGGGAUGUGUAUAACUGGGACAAUACGGAUCGUCAGUUUAUUAUGCAGAUACGCCUUCGGGGUUCCGCAAGGGAAUGGUACGACGACUUGGAGGAUUAUAAUCUUACAUGGAGUGAGUGGAAAAAUGCUUUAGAAACUGCAUUUCCGCGUUCUACGGACUAUGUAGAUCUUUUAGAAGUUAUGCUUGCAAGAAAGAAAUCCGACAGUGAAACUAUGACGAAAUACUUUCACGAUAAAAUAUCCUUACUGAAGAAAUGUAAUAUCAUAGGCGAGGCGGCGAUUUCAUGUGUCAUCAGGGGAUUACCGGUUGAAAUAAGAGCCAACGCAAAAGCUUUCCAAUGCGACACACCGCAGCAGCUUUAUUACGGAUAUUUAUCGUCACUCGAAAACUAUAAGCAAAUAGAAGCUCCUAGCAGUCUUAAACGCCAAAGUACGUCGUGGAAGAGAGGUAGUGAUGUCGCAUCGAGCUCACGGGAAAAUGACUGUUUGCCCAAGAAGUGCUACGCUUGUAGAAGACAAGGACACGAAGCCAAGGACUGCAGAGUUCCACGGUGUGAAAUCUGUCAUCGUCCAGGCCACACGUCUUCCACCUGUUGGUAUGCUACCAGUUCAUCUCGACAACAGCAGAAGAUGCAGCAACUCCACGAAAAACCAGCAUCAAGUAACAUGGCCGAUCGCCGUGGGACACGGCAAACUCAGGAUGGCCGAAUGUUAUCGACUUCCGGUCCUAGCUUCAGCAGUACAUAACAUAAUAUUUAAUAGAUUAAUAAUUUUUCCUAUUUAGCUGAUUAUUAUAAUAAUUGUAUUAUGAACAUAGAGUAAAAUCUAAAUAAUAACUAACGCCGUCCGGUUGUUACCUUCCGGCGGACUUAAUUAUAAAUUACCUUUUAAACAAUUACUUAUUCUUAGUGAUUACUUGUUAAAAUACAAGUUAAAUGCCAUAUGAAUUAAUAUUAUAUAAUUUGAUACAUAAUUGUAAUAUUUAGAGUGUCUUGAUUUUAUUGUCGGUUACUUUUUGAAUUCAUCCGAACGUAUAAAAGAUCGUUGUAGCACGUAUGCAGGGCAGUUGAUUUGUAACCUCUGGUCUGAACAUAAGUAAAGCGGAACUUAGAAAUAUAGUGUGCCUAAUAUAAAA